AUGGCAGAUUUUAAUCAGCGACGGACAAAACUGUACAAUUCGCGGCUUAUUCGUGCAGAGGUCGCUGAUCCGGCGUUUACAGCAGCACAGGAUCCUGUCACCGGGGUCAGUGCGAAACUGGACGUGGAAAAGUUUGUCCAGUCUAGAGAAUUCGAGAUCAAAGAGUUUGAGCUUUCCAAGCUCAGAUCGCGGUACUCCUCUGCAACAAGGGUGUUCCAAAGCUUACCAAGGUCCAUGCGCAGACGGACUGCAAGCCACAAUGUGCGGAGAGUGCCCAAACGCUUGAGGACGCGCGCGUUGCGGGAGAUGGGUCUCUCAAUGAAGGAGCCCGACGGGAACGAAACCAAGGGCGUGGACAGACAGGGCAGGCCGUCAAAGGCCAAACAUUCGCGCGGAAGGGAGCUGUACCGGCUGCGGCGGCAGGAAAAGCUUCUGCGCUAUGCCGCACGGCUCAAACUCUCCGGACACCUGGUGGAUGGAGAGCGUGUUAAUGUGCGCAACGUCAAGAUGAGAGCCAAGUUGAAAGCGCUGCGCGAAAGAAUACAGGAGCUCUCACAAAGCGCAGAGACGCCUCUAAACAAUGUCUGUGGAUCUGUGGACUGGACAGGAAUCAAUGAGCGGGCCACUAUUGGCAAAGUGUCUACCAUCAGGUACAUUUCUCGGCAACGGGAUUUCAAGUGGCUUCCGACCCACGUUUGGCAUGCGAAAAGAGCACAUAUGGUGAAACGAUGGGGCUGGAACAUUGCAUAUGAGCCUACCAUGAAGUGUUUCCGCCAAACCAGCCGUCAAAGCAGGAUCAAGGGCUGCAUUGGUUUCGACACUUCUUUUUAUACAACGAUUGUCUUGAAAGGAGACGGAUUGGGCAAGGUUGUGGAAAUUCUGACGAAUGGAAAAGCUUUAGGAAAAAAGUACGUUCAAAACGGCCGGAUAUGGGAGGGAUUCGUCCAGCUUGACGAUGAGCUUCUAUGCCAUUCCAUGGUCUGGUGGAUAAAAAAUGGAAAAGAGUGCGUGCUAAGAAUACACCCAUCAGUUUAUGAUCGUAUAAUGGACUACCUUCUCUCCAAAAGAGACGAAAUUGAAAUUCAGGACAGCAGAUACUCUAUCGGCUCAAUCACGGUCACCGGACCACAGGCCCUGUGCUCGUUGGCCUCCAUCAUCCAUCCUUCCAGCGAAGCGGUAGCCAGCCAGCUAUUUCGUCAGCUAUCCACGCUGAACAGCUCAGCUAUUCCUCUAGGAACCACAUUCAGUUUCUUUGCUGAUGAUCCUCGUCUGUGGCCAAGACCAACCAAGCCCCACACCAAACCAUCAGACCCGUUGGAAACCAUCAUCCAGGUCCAGAGCGGAGCCGGUGUAGAGGUGUGUGCAGUCGAGGCGCUUUUCUCUGUAGAGGGCAGAGUUGCAUCUUACGCAGGCCAGCCGUCCCUGAAACAGCUGGGCCGGCGAAGAACGCCGGAUCUGGUAGGCCGGCCGAUCCCGAAGGCCGACUCUGAUCCGAGUAUCCCUAUUGUGCUUGUGAAGUUGCAGUGCGGGUUUGUUUUGCUGACCCCAUGGCAUUGGGUGCUACCGUUCUGGCACCAGCUGGCACACACGCCCCAUUUUGCACUUGGCGGGCUGAAACAGCUAGCUCAGCUGGAGUUUGAGAAGGGAGAGCUUAGUUUUGCCGAUUGCGCGUUCACGAGGGCAGGUUUCGUCGAGGGCCUGGCCAAAAUGGAAGAGCUGGAAGCACGCUGGGCCAAGCGGCCCAAGAGCAAACGAGUCAACUACGACAAGCUGGACGAGCCUGGAUCGCCGUUUGGCUGUGACUGGCGCUACUUGCAGCUAUUGCGGCAGAAAUUGAAACAAGUGCCGCGAGUCGAGGACUAUUCAGGCACAGAAUUCACGAUCACACAGGAGAGAGUAAUAAAGAACAAACAGGAUGUUUUCGAGGCUAUUGAGGACCAGAAAGAAAAAGAUAGGCUGAUUAACGCGCUGGGGAAGCCAGUUUUCACACAGCUGCCCAUCAAGCUGGUUGGCUUGACGCAGCAGCCCGACACCCCGUCGUCCCGUCUGUCAGUGGUAGCAGUCAAGUUUCGCAUGGUCAAUAGGGGCCAUCCUGCCGAUAAUGCGCGGAUCUAUGCCAUUCCAGAGGAGAGUUAUUUGCGUUGGCUAGAGGAAGCUGGCAAAAAGACAAUAUUAGGCAAGACAAUGCCAUUUGGUCCCGAAUGUCCAGGCAAAGAGUACCUAAUUGGCUACGCCACAAGCGCUACAUUUAAUUUGGCAGCUGGCAAAGGCACAGGAGUGGGACUUAUAGACGCCGAAGUCGCUUACGACCUUCACACCAAGAACAGACACACAUUUAUCGUCCGCAACGUGGCCAGCACCGCUUGCUACCUUGCAGAAUGGACUCUUGUGGCUGUGUAA